AGCGGGGCGGAGCGGCCGCGGCGCCGCGCAGCGAGGCGGGAGGCGGGCGGCCCUCCCGCGCCCAGGGGCGGGGAGCGCGGCGCCGGCCCCGCCCGUGGUGCUCCGUGGAGCUGUUCAGCGCCCAGGUGCUGAGUCUCUCGCCGGCUUACGGACGCUCCGGCGGCGCUCCCUUCCCGGCGCUCCGCGGCGCGGCCAUGGCUCCGGCGCUCAGCCGCCUCCGCCAGGCACUCUGAGCACCCGCCCGCCCGCCGCGCCCCGGCGUGGAUGCAGCAGCUUCAGGCGCCCCUGGCUCCGCGGGGGAACGCGGCAGGUUUCCUUUUUGCCUCCGGAGCGUUUCGUUAUGGCAGCCUCCUGUGAACAAUGACACCCUUUGACAAGUAUAGAUGCCAAAAAGCCAGACGAAAACAGUGGCCUUGUUUCAUUUGUACUCCAACACAGUGAAAUGGUGCUCUUAACGCUUUGUUAUUGACUCUCACUGGAAAAACACCAAGCUCUGACUGGACCUUUUCUCCUCAGCGCUCUCCCAGUGUUCCUAUGGCUGCUUGACACAGUGACAUCAUGUAGUAGCCCUGAGGUGUUGUCAUAAGUAAGUUGCAAUGGUUUUAUACACCUCCCCAUUUCCCAACAGCUUUCUGUCAGUUCUGCAUUCUUUCUCCUGGGGCCUGAUUUUCCCAUGUUACUGGUUAGCAGAUAGGCUUGUGGCCUCUUUCGUUCCCACCACCUAUGAAAAACGUCAGCGAGCAGAUGAUCCAUGCUAUUUUCAUGCGCUCUGCAUCAUCAUCACCACUCCCAUCUACCUGGCACUGUUGGUGGCCUCUCUUCCUUUCGCUCUGAUCGGCUUCUUGCUGUGGUCCCCUCUGCAGUCAGCCAGAAGGCCAUACAUCUACUCCAGGCUCGAAGACAAGAGCCAUGCCAACGGAGCCACGCUGCUCACCGAAUGGAAGGCCGCAGGCAACGGGAAAAGCUUCUGCUUUGGCAGCGCCAAUGUCUGCCUGCUGCCGGAUUCUCUGGCGAGAUUUAAUAAUGUUUUCAAUACACAGGCUAGGGCUAAAGAGAUUGGACGGAGAAUCCGAAAUGGGGCAAGCAGACCGCAAAUCAAAAUAUAUAUAGAUUCUCCUACCAACACAUCCAUCAGUGCAGCGAGUUUUAGCAGCUUGGUCUCCCCCCAGGGUGGAGAUAGCACUAAUCGUACUGUUAAUGCUGGCAUCAAGAGGACAACGUCCAUGGAAUACAAAGGAGACAAUUCUGGCUCAAACAACGGUGAGGAUAGUAGAGAAGAUAAAGGUGGAGCUGGAGAGCCAAAUGAGGGAGAAGAAAACUCUUGCAUUGUCCGCAUAAAUGGAGAGGAUAAUGGCCACAUGUCAGACACAGAAACAGGUACCAUCAAUGGCCAGGCUCACGCCAGUGGCCCAGCAGAGGCCUCGCUGGAAGGCGACACAGAGAUCUCAAAACCGCCUAAUGACAAACAGAAGGACGGAGAUUCUGGGAGCUUAGACAGCUAUUCUGCCUCACGAGAGUCCUUAGUUAAAGUUCGCGUGGGAGAUGGUACGGUGGACCAAAGCACUGUCAACAACAAGCUCCUCUACAAAGCUUCGAUCAUGAAGAAGACUUCAGUGCGGAAAAAGAAACACACAGAUGAGACCUUUGACCAUGAGAUCUCUGCUUUCUUCCCUGCCAACCUGGACUUUCUGUGCUUGCAGGAAGUGUUUGACAAAAGAGCUGCGGAGAAAUUGAAAGAGCAGCUUCAUCACUAUUUUGAAUACAUUGUCUAUGAUGUUGGGGUCUACAGUUGCCAUGGCUGCUGUAGCUUCAAGUUUGUGAACAGUGGUCUACUUUUUGCCAGCCGCUAUCCUGUUAUGGAUGCUGCCUAUCACUGUUACCCCAAUGGAAGAGGAACGGACUCCUUGGCUUCCAAGGGAGCCUUGUUUCUCAAGGUGCAAGUGGGAAGUACACCUCAGGACCAAAGAAUCGUGGGAUACAUUUCCUGCACUCACUUGCAAGCUAUUGCAGGAGACACUACUGUUCGAUGUGAGCAACUGGAUAUGCUUCAAGAUUGGCUGUCUGAAUUCAGAAAAUCUACCUCCUCCUCCAGCACAGCCAAUCCCGAGGAGCUGGUGGCUUUCGACGUCAUCUGUGGAGAUCUCAACUUCGACAACUGCUCCUCCGAGGACAAGCUGGAGCAACAGCAUUCUCUGUUUACACACUACAAAGACCCGUGUCGGCUUGGUCCUGGGGAGGAUAAACCAUGGGCGAUCGGCACCUUGUUGGAUCCUGAAGGACUGUAUGAUGAAGAAGUGUGCACUCCGGAUAACCUACAGAAGGUGCUGGAAAGUGAAGAAGGAAGGAAAGGAUACUUAGUCUAUCCCACCAGCAAGAACCACAGUUCCAGUCAAAAGGGGAGGAAGGCAUCACUGAAAGGAAACGGGAGGAGGAUCGACUAUAUGCUCUAUACAGAAGAAGGUCUUUACCUGGAAUGGAAAGUGGAAGUAGAAGAGUUCAGCUUUAUUACCCAGUUAGCAGGGUUGACAGACCACCUACCAGUAGCAAUGCGUCUCAUGGUGUCUACAGGAGAAGAUGACCCUUAAAACUGACCAGCUUUGAGAGAUUAAAGAGGGAAACGUUAACGAUAUUAAGAAAAUAUCAGAGGAUAAGAAUGAACUAUUCUGGUGCCACGUUAGGAAAGAUGACCAGACCUGACCUGGGCUACUCCCAGAACGUACCAACAAUGGAGGAUAUAAAAAGGGAAGAAACGGAAGGGGUUGUGGCCAAAAGCCACUGUCACAAGUUGCUCAGGCAACAGGGCAGGCCUGUACUACAAUGCUUACACUGUGGACCGAACGGAACCAAGAUGGAAGUCCUAAUUCCUUCUGAACCAGUGCCAUUCUUACUAAAACAUGUUUUUAUACUAAUAUAUAGCACAAUUUAGUUUGUAAUUAGUCUGUGAGUUAGUGCUGCUCAAUGGUUUUUUGCAUAAUUUCUUUGUAUAACGAAGAAGCUAAAGCUGUUUCUUUUUUUAGCCUGUUGAAGUUGUAGUAGCGUGCUUGCAUCAGUAGCAUGCGCCAGCACUGCAUGCCACUCUGAGAUACAAUAGUCAGUGAGAUACGUGGGGAAUAGCAGAAUGGACGGAAUUUACAAAUCAGAUACCAGCCAAAGCAAGGCGUUCUGGGAUUGGCAAACCCUUCUGUCAUUACAGAUAGGUCUCCAAACAAACACACACACACUCCAUUCAAUUUGCAGACCGGUAUCUUCCUGCCCUGUUUAAGGAUACUUAAAAGAUUUGGAAUUAAGACUUCAAGAACACCUUGAAGUUCUACCCUUCUACCAACUGUGUUCCCACUGACAUUAUGAAGUGUUUUGUCUGAGCAAUGACUCCAGACUGGGCCUUUAGCUUUCUAAGCACAACUUAUUCCCUUAUGAAGAAAUAUAGUUCUCCUGUAAUGUAUUUUCUUUCUUUCUUUCUCACAUGUGGGACAGUUCUGAAUUAUGGUAUAGGAUGAUGUGUGUGUUACAGUAGAGUGAAUAGAUUCCUGUAGUACAAUUGGUAACACCAGGGCCAACAUUCUGCCUUAACUAGAAAGAGUAAGUGGGAAAUAGCUUGUAAAAUGCAUGCUAGAUAUAGAGUUAAAAUAAACGUAAGUGACAUUUUGGGAGAAAAAGUGUAGAACAGUGUAUGACUGAGAAGGCAGAAUAACAAUUUUCCAAAGGAAUCAGUACACUAAGUGUAGUGUGGCUAGGUACUGGAGAACAGAGGUGUGACUCAGCCCUAGGUAACGACUUCCUAGGAGCAGAGGGUUGGUUUGGAUCUGAGACACAAUUCUCCGUUCACUCACAGACUUUAGUAGGGGUCUUGCAUCUAAUUCAUGUGUUCUUUCCACUGCAGCUCUUUAAAUAUGGGGCUCCCCUCUGCCAUCUUAUCCCCAGGACCUGACUGACCCAGCCCCGUAACCUUAACAAAGAACGAAAAGCUGAGAACCAGGUCCAUAACUAGACUUGGCAUUUUUUUAGGGAUUUGAAUUCAGAAGGGUUUGGUUUUGCUGGGAGAACAAUGAGACCCCUUCAGUUUUAACCAGUACUUAGUUUCUUCUGCCUACUUCCUUAUUGAUUUUAGUGUUAUUUCCUCUUACAUUACAAAUUGUGUUAUAAAGAGUUAAUUUAAUACUUGUAUUUACUGCAUUAAGUAAACUGUUUUAGUUAUGCUGGUCACAAAUUCCUGAAGAUACUUUUGUUUUGGUUUAGUUUACACCUGCUAGGAAUCAGCUUCAGCUAAAUCAGAAUAGAUUUAAAUUAGAGAUCCCAGUCCGCACAGCCUCUGGUACUGGCUUAAUGAGCUGCAGUAAACAACAGAACUUUUACUGACAUCAGCCUGAUUUUGCAUGUAGAGAAACUCUUAAUAGUUACAAAAGUACUGGCUAACAGUAUUGGCCCAUUGCAAGCAGGCAGUGAGGCACCUGGUCUGACACGUUUGAUGCCUCACCCUCCAGCCCUGGCAUCCCUUCAGCAGAGACUGCCUCUUAAACGCGUUCCGUGCCAAACCGGGGGUAGUCUGCACGCGUGACCCAGGGGGACUCAAAAUGGAACCAGGCUCAAUUCCCCUUUUUGCUGAAAUUAAGAAUUCAAGUUUACAGCAUCAGAGACUUCAGUGUACUACCCCACUGCAUCACCAGUUUCCCCCUUUGUAUGAUUCUCUUUAUACAGAGAGUGCACAUAUGUGCAACGUGUUUUUCUGGUUUCUUAUCUCUCCCCCCAAUUCAGAAGAAACUUGUACCUGAAACAAUGCUUUUAAUCCUUUUUUCUACCUUGCUUGUAUUUUAUUAACGUUUUUAAAAAACACAUUAUCAGUAGCAAUUUGUGUGCUGCCCAGCAGCUAUUUCUCAGUGGUAAGAUUAAAUACAAGGUACAGUAUUUUUAAUAGCUUUCCUAACAAUGUAAAUCACAAUUUGAUAUCAACUUCACUAAGUAUCAGUUGCAGGAGCUGAGUUUGACACUGUGUGGGGUAUAAUCAUAAAACUACUGCCAAACAAUGUUACAUCUACAGUACAACUAACAUGGUCUAAAUUACUUUUAAACUAGUUCUGUGGCUUUGUGCUGACUAAAACUGGGCACUCUCGUCAACUUUUUGAGAGAUGUUGAGAAAUAUAUUUUCAAAUCCAAAGUAAACUCUUUUAGAUUUUGAUGUUCUUAGUUUCUCAGUGAUCAGGAAAUGGACGGUUGUACAAUGUUCUCUUUAAACGAUACACGUACAUUUAAACAGUCUAGGUAGUUCUUACUAAUUUACUGUCUUAAGGAUCUGACUUUGCAGGAGAAUGAUGCUGGGAAGUACAGCAUUGUGGCACCGCUGUACACAUGUUCCUUGUGGGCUUUGCACUGAUCCUGUGCCUUCUGAUGCCAUGGUACGCUUGCAGGAGUCGGAGAGCAUAUGCACCAGUAAACUGUAAUGCGCAGGCUUUCCUUUCCAGAAGAGAAAAAUCAGCUCUGGCUACACCACUGCUACUACAGUUCCAUAUACUGUCUCACAGAGUUGUCCAGGCAAGCCUGUGCUGGCAGGGUAUUAAUCAUUACAAGCCUUAGCCAGAUACUAUGUAACAGAAUGUUUGCGUAAACAAACAAUCAAACAAACACACACAAAAAACCCCAAACGCAGCAGGUGGGAGAGCAUGCCCAGGAAAUCAAACCCUGGACGGCUUUUCAGAUGGCAGUCAAUCCCACUUGGCUUAAGGAUAGCAUGACCCAGCUGGUUAGCAGGAUGUUAUCUUUAAGAGAUCUGAGUUCAGCUCACUCGGCUAUGCUUGCCCCACUUUGUACAGGAAUUUCAGGUAUCUUCAAGAAGUGGGCGAUAACGCUAUUCUUGGUUUAAUAACUGCCACUCAACAGGGAUACUGUAGAUGAGGUGUCAUCUGUUUUUGUAAAAGCUAGAUAACAUCUUCUGUUUCUCACAUUCAAUUUACAUUUUACGACAGCACUUCUAGAAUAUGUGAACAAAAGACACAAAAUGAGGGCAGCAGAAAACUAAGAACUUCCAGAAGUUUCAAGGACAUCAGAUCCUUACCAAGUUGGUACCUUUAGAUCACUUCAAAACCACAACCUAUAAAACAGCCUCUCAGGCGCAUACAGAUCCAGUUAACGUGUGCGCUGUCUGUCAUCCACCUGCUUUGCACCACAGCUCAGCCGCUGAGAACCAGGGUAGUCAUGCACCUCAUAGUAAGUGAAGAAGUGUUUACUGUGACCAACUCAAGUGGUGGCCAGCUAGUUUUAUUCCAUCACAAACGGGAUGGUUAAUAGAAGCUGUCUAAAGCAACCAAACAGAAACCGUAUCACAGACUGGCUCUAAGAGAAGCCUGCAGCCUGCUGUAGAGAAACCCUUGAGAAAGCUGUCUGGUACAUGGCGUUUACCUGUCUAGUGACAGUAUUAUGACAUUUUCUCCCAGAAGCACUCUUGGCUGGUCUGGCCAGACACUCAGUCCUGCUUGUUGGGCAAGACAGUAAGAUUUAAGGAACUUAAAAUUCCAAUAAUGAGAUUUUCUAAAAUGCUCUUUGUUUGGUGGUCCAGAUUAAGCCGAUCUGGCUGUCCCCAGUUUGGUCUCUGAGCUACCCUGGGAUCACACAGCGGCACAUCAGUGUCAGCACAUAUCAUCAGCUCGGAAAUGAAGCACGUGUACCUCCUCCCGGCGCCGCAGGAUGAGAGCAGAAAUACAAUUCAAGCACUUUGAAAAACUCCCAAUUUUAUCAUCCGUUACAAUGAGGGUCAAAUUGUUACUGACGGUCUCAUUUUUCCAUGCCAUCUUGUUUUAAAUAUGAUCUUGAUGCUUUUAAAGACUUGUAUUCUUGCUAAGGUUUAGAAAUCCUCUAAUAAGAAUAACCUUUUUUUAUUUCAAUAAUUUUUCGGUAUUGUAUCCUUCUGGAACCUGAUGUUUUUAUAUGGUAAGCACACACCUUCUGACAUUUUGUUAUAAAUGUACUAAAAAAAAUAAAAAAUUAAAUAUUUUCAUUGGUUUCCUUGCCUGCAAGAAAAUCACAAUCUCAGACCUGAUAAAAACAAGGUAUUUUGAACAAUAGGGAGGGGGUUUUGUCUUUUAUUGGUGCUGAAAGGAAUAACUGGUUGAUGCAAACAAGAUAAUAAAAUUUCAAGGCUCAAAUGA